CGCUUAUAAACUUGUAAAGUUAUUUGGCGUUUCAUUCGGGUCAGUUCUUGUUUACGUUCCUCGCGAUGACUUCAUGACUUUGAUGAUGCAAUGCAGAAAUCAGAUGAUCCCUACGAGAGAUUCAUUUCGCUACACCUUCAGCAUUAUGGAUUCUUCUCAGGUGUCCCCAUCAAAAGAGAAUGGGAUGGCAACCAAGACUCUACUGCCUUAGACUUUACUAACUCACCAAUCGAGAGCAAUGAUUCAAACUUAGAGGAGGAACAAGAGGAACCAAAGCCAUGUCAAAACCUUUUCAACUUAGACAAAGUUCUCAGAACCCGGCAGCUAGUAUUUGAUUUUGAUGGGGAGCGGCCCAUUCCACGGCUAAGGGACCCUUUGGACCUCUUCACAAUCCCAUCUACCUCCUGUCCAUUCCAGGGUGUCCGCUGGCCCAUAGAGUGUGAAGUGAUCCGUGACAAAAUCCAGCAUAUAGAAUGGGACCCCCCUGAGCCAGAGCCAUUCUACCAGUCAACAGGUGAUGAACAGGCUCCUAUGCCAGUAGGAGACGAGAGAAGAAACAUGGUCUACUGCAUAGACCAAGCCACAGAAACCUCCUACUUCACCUACUCUCGUGUGGGUGGCAGCAGAGGGCCUAUUAAAUGUGCCACAUCCUGUGCCAACUAUCAAGGCGAGCCUACGUUAGGUUUUGAAUCUCGUUUCGAGAGUGGAAACCUACAAAAGGCCGUGCAAGUUGGUCAGUAUGACUACGAGCUGACUUUGCACACCGACUUGUACACCACUAAGCACACGCAGUGGUUCUACUUCCGUGUGAGGAAGAUGAGGGCAGGAAAUACCUACCGCUUCACUAUAAUCAACUUGAUGAAGGCCAGCAGUCUGUACAGCAAUGGUAUGCGCCCCCUGCUUUACUCUGAGCAUGCUGCGUGUCUAAAGGGGGAGGGUUGGAAACGAGCAGGAACCAAUAUCAGGUACUACCGAAACAACACAGAAGAAGAUGGUAAAGCACUGUACUCCCUCACCUGGACUCUUGAGUUCCCUUAUGACAGUGACACCUGCUACUUGGCCCAUUGCUACCCAUACACAUAUUCAGAUCUGCAAUGCUACCUGCGUGAAGUCAUCUCAGACCCUGUUCGUACCGCUCAUUGUAAACUGCGGGUGCUCUGUCGUAGCCUGGCAGGCAAUGCGGUGUAUGUUUUGACUAUAACCUCACCAUCCACCAGCUUGGCGGAACGCAAGGCCAAGCGGGCAGUUGUAGUGACAGCACGGGUGCACCCAGGAGAAACCAAUGGUUCGUGGAUGAUGCAGGGCUUUUUAGAGUUCAUACUGAGUGACUUGCCUGAUGCUCGCUUAUUGAGGGAAAUUUUUGUCUUUAAGGUUAUACCAAUGCUGAACCCUGACGGUGUGGUGGUGGGAAACCACCGCUGCUCAUUGACAGGCUGUGAUCUGAACCGAAACUACCGCACUCUACUGCGAGACUAUUUCCCCUGCAUUUGGUACACUCGCAACAUGGUGAAAAGGUUGCUUGCUGAGAGAGAGGUGGUGGUUUAUUGUGACUUUCAUGGCCACAGCAGGAAAAACAAUGUGUUCAUGUACGGUUGUAGCGAUCGUAAGGAUGCCUCACAGUGUCUUCAGGAGCGAAUCUUCCCUCUGAUGAUGAGCAAGAAUGCUAAAGACAAGUUUGCUUUUAGGAGUUGCAAGUUCAAAAUGCACAAGAGCAAAGAGGGUACUGGGCGCAUUGUCAUGUGGAAACUUGGCAUUAGGAACAGCUACACAAUGGAGUCUACCUUCGGUGGCACAACGCUAGGGGACAGAAAAGGAACACAUUUCAGCACACAGGACCUGAAGUCGAUGGGCUACUGCUUUUGUGACACACUACUUGACUUUUGUGACCCUGACCCAGCCAAGACUACACAUUGUUUAGAGGAGUUGGGGAUGUUAUUGAGACAAGAAGUCAGACGGAAGCUAGGGAGAAAGGUGGACUCUUUAGAUGACUUCUCAGACAUUGACAUUGAAUCCAGCACAAUUGGAUCAAACAGUACAGAAUCGGAUGGCCUCCCUCUUCAUCUUUUAAAUGUCACAAACCAGCAAAUACAGGGCAAGAAGAAAAACCUUAAAAGCCGUAAAGAAAGGAAUCGACUCCGAAGUGCAGGACCUAAAAUUAUUCAAAGGAAUGUCAAAAAUCCGGUUGUGUCUGUCCCCAGUAUGCACAAUGGUUAUUCAUCUUGUCACCACUCUGUCCCAGGAAAAUAUGGUGAUCCUGGAUGCAAAACUUAUCAGCAUACUACCUUGCAACGGCAAACCCUCUUAGUCCCUGACGGUCAGAAGAGGUUUCCCUCUGUUCCAGCCUCCAGAGAGAGGACCCUGCCUAUAACAAUCCAGCCAUACACUAUACCUUUUUACCCUGAUUUCAGACCACAACCAGAAAUGAAAGGCAUACUCCCUGUUUCAAACAAUAUACACCAAAGCCAACAGAAACUCAAGCUGGAAAGACAGUCAGAAGGAUCCCAUGUUCCUGUCAAAUACUUCAUGCCAUUAGACGACAUGGGAACAUUGAGGUUCAGUCACAAGACGGAUGCACGAGGUGCUGUGGCUGGUCUUGUAUCACCGAAUACUGAGCUGUGCAGGGAAGCCAACCAAAGCAGUGAACAAGACACAAGAAAUGGAUCCUUUUUCCUCCCUGACCUGUACAGCCACGUUCUGCAGUUUGGUAACCAGGUUGCAACUGGAGGGCUGAGGUUAGGGAGGCUGCCCAAAGCAAACAAAAUACUGCAGAUCAUUGAAAGAGAUGCUGCUUCCACAGACAGCCUAAGCAGUGAGGAAAAGUUUCACACGCAGCAGUCUCGGAAGUCAGUCAAAUCAGACAAACACAACCUGGCCAAAAGGACAUGAGAAAGAUGAAAAUGACCUCCUGUUCAACAUCUCUUUAUUAAACAAUCUUGUGCAAGUGCCUG